CUCGCCAUUUUGAAGAUUGUCGAACAGGGUUAGGGACUGGUGUUAGAGGGCUAGCUAAAUAUCUGCAGCGCCCCUUGUUUAACAAUCUUAAGGAGCGUGACAGUCUAAUACAGCUAACCAUGUCGUCAGACAAACAGGAGACAGACGCACAGGUGGAGUCUGGCGAGGAAAAACAGGACUCUCAGGAGAAGAGUCUGAAUCCAGUGAAAGCAGAGGAGGCCAAGCUGAAAGCCAAGUACCCCAACCUGGGGCAGAAGCCAGGCGGCUCUGACUUCUUGAUGAAAAGGCUACAAAAAGGGCAAAAGUACUUUGAUUCAGGUGACUACAACAUGGCCAAAGCCAAGGUGAAGAACAAACAGCUGCCCACUGCCGGGCCGGACAAGAAUCUGGUGACAGGAGACCAUAUUCCCACACCGCAGGACCUGCCUCAGAGGAAGUCAUCCCUGGUUACCAGCAAGCUGGCGGGCUAGCUCCUCCCGCCUCCACCGUGCCCUCCAUUCCCCCACCUCAACCUAACCCAGGCCCCCUACUAGGCUCCACAUGCCAUUACAAUCCAAGAGAGGUGUAGAUUCAGCUCUCCCUCUAUUGCUCUCUGUCCAAACUCUUCUCUUACAUCCUAGAAUGCCCACAUUUAGGGGAUCUGAAGAUCUGCAGUACAUGAAUACAAAGUCAGUGUAUUUAGUUUGUCUGUACAUCUGUGUCAAUGAGAGCACAAAUUUGAAAACAUACAUAGGAAUCCUGCAUAUGAUGCAUUAGUGCAAACCAGGUCUUGUGAAAGCUUUGGUUGUGUAGUCACGCAUAAAACUAGGAAUGAAAGGGAAGGCAAAUGGUGGCAGUGGAUAACGUGAUGAUGUCACCUCAGCCAUGUAAGUUGUGGCAUGGAUACACAACUGCUGAUUAGGUUGCCACAGAAAAAUCUUCAUUUGUGUUGAGUCACUAAAGUUCACAAUUACUUGCUUUAUUUGUAAGCAGCUUCAUUCGCAAGGUCAUAGUUGGUAGGUUUUUACUAAAGUGAGGGAUGGUGAAUAGCAUGCACCUGCGUGGAGCCUAGUUAUCCCCUCAGUCCCAAUACAGACACUCUAUCCCCUCUGCCUCCACACCCUGCCCCACCCGAUACCCCUGCCCUUCUCCCUUAUUCACUGCACAGAAAAGCAACAAAAAAGCUAAAUGUAUUUUGUUGUAUAAUAUUGAGGCUGGGACAAGCGGCAUCAUUUCUACUUUUGCUUUACUCUUACCUGUACAACCUCCUGUACUAUUCUAUGGGGCCUAAACAUUUUGUUCAUUUUCUUUGGAAACCAGUCAAGGUGGCUAUUGUCUGUCAGUGCAUGUGCCACGCCAAUGGAAGCUCAAGAAUCCCAAAAGAGAGAAACACAGGAAAAAAAACAACCGAUGGUUAGUUUUCAGGCUGUGCGAUUUCCAUUUAUUGGCUUCCCACUUCUGGAGUAGGAUUUUGUAACAGCCUUGUGAGUUAUUGCUUAUUAGUUUUGUAACUGGUUUGGCUGAAGAAAUGGCUGUUUUGUCUACUGGGGAGAAAACAUAUGAAAUUGUAGUUCUGUUUAAUGGAAAAUCAAAUCCUUUUCUGGGUCUUUUCACAAAGAGGAAACAAUAUAUAUGAACUAAAAAUUGUAUGACAUUUCCCCUAGAUAUUGAAAGGUGUUUGUUGUACUUUUCAGUCAGCCAUCAGUAAUAUUAUUUAUCUGCCCUUUUUAAAACAAGCCUUAAUGAUUGGUAGGAAAUUAAUUGCCAGUCUCACCGCACUGUGUAUUCAAGUAUAUAUUUUUAUACAAUGUUCGGAAAUGGGGCAUGAAUUCAUUGUCAUAAUAACACCCGGUGUAUUGCUCCUGUAAGGGCAUAUUUUGGCUUAUCAAUUAGCCAGCUAUGGGAUACUGAGCACAACAAAGCAUCUUAUGUCCACAUUUGUUGGAUGUUUACUGAAGUGUUUUGUACCAGAAGCUUGUUGAAAAAGGCUAAAUAAGGUAGUAUUGUGUUGUCAAAUGUCCCACUGAGAUAUGGGCUACUUAUUUAAUUUGUUUCUUAUGGUCCCCACUCAUGUACUAGUCCAGUAGUCUUUACAGUAACUGCAGUUGUAUUGGUAAAUGUAACUAAUAGCAAUUCCUCACUUGUAAUUGGUCUAUGUGUAGAGUGGAAAGGGACGGAAUUGUGUAAUAAGCCCUGGUAUUGACAAUUAGAGCAUGUAUCCUGUGUGCUUAGCCUGAGUGUGCAUCUGCUUAAGAAAGAAAUAGGUUAAUGCAAGCCCUUAUCUGCUGGCUGUAAGCAUUAUCUGCUCAGCUCUCACCCAUUACCCUUUACAUAUAAUCCUAUAAUCAACCACUUCUCUUCUGGGAGAGGAGGAGAGGUGGAGAGGCAGGUGGUAGCAGAGAGGAGGGAUUCUUCCCUGUUUCUAGUACAGGUGUAGAAUGGUUCAUUGGGCGGCAUAAAUGGGUAUGGGGAAAAGUCUGAUGCAUAGGAGAAGUUUGGUAUAAGCACUGUGAGGCUGUGAAUGAAUUGUGCUCGUUUUAGUUUGAGUUUGAAAGGAUAUGAUGUCUGCUGUGAAUAUGUCAGGCCACAGUUUGUUGUUUCAAUAAGAUUAGAAAAGUACAUUAGAAACUUUGAGUGACAGAGGUGUAUGAGGUGUACAGUGCCUAUAAAACCAUUACAGGGUCUAGACUGCAGUGCAGGCUGGAUGGGCAACUGUCCAACCCCCUUCAAGAACUGCUACAGCAGUGGAUUUAAUUUCCUAUUCAAGUUAGGACAUCAGGACGUCCUAAGAUGUGGUGAGAUAGUGGAACCCCUGUGGUCAUCAGGGUUUCAUUCCUCAGGGCUGGUUUACAGGCUAAAGCAGGAAAGUAAUGAAUGGUGCAGGCAAACUGCUGUAAGAGGUUACAUCAUCAUUCUUGUGAUUAUGCAGUUAAGCCAGAAUAGAUUUAGGUAAUAGUAUCUGGAUGAGCUGUGCUUUCUGACCAAACCUGGUGUUCUAGCCUGGAAUUACUUACUUUGUGCACAUGUUUGUACAUGUACAGCUACAUUCACUACAGAGGAAAAGGACUACAGUAGUUGCUUGUUCUUGUUCUUCCUUGAGCCAAUUUAAGUGUGUUCCCACAAUGCCAUAGAUGUAUCUGGAAUCAUGAAAAUAAAAAAGGGAAUAGUAGGGAAUCUUUGGGAAAAAUAUUAAAGCUUGAGCCUGUACAGUUUGUCCAAAGAUAGACCAUUAUAUCAUGCUGUCAGUUUGUGAAAUAAUCUUUUCAAAGAAGUCAAGGAUUUCAAGUAAAUUAUUGAGUCUUGCCUGAUUGUUUACUUAUAUUGGUCCUCCCAGUACUUUAAGUGCUCAAAUGCCAAUAAGGGAUUGAUAUGAUGGGAACUUAGCCAUGCCAAAGGUCAGGAGUUAAAAGGAGGAUUUGCAUUGAGUAUGCAUUUGUGCCUGUGCUUGAGCGUGAGAGUGCUUAUUUUUCUUUGUGUGUGACUUUUUUUUUCCACUUAAAAACAUUUCAUUUUGUAAAUUGUCAUGAGAUGAUGUUCACAUCCCAGUCAGGUUGUAAAUAGACUUUACUAUUGUUUCUUCUAUAAUACCUGUAUCCAUGCUUUCUCUUCUCCAUUGUUUCUUUUUUUAAAAAGAACAUGGAUCUUAUACUCCCCAGGCCUUUUUGUUUGGUGGGGGGGGAUUAUUUUCCUCAGUGUAAAUUUGUUUUGUUUUUACACUACUUCUACUGCACCCGUCUUCUGUGUAGUAUAAAGCUGCCGGCCAGAUGUUAGGAAGACGUUAUAUGUACAAUAUAAAUAAGUGUAAAUGCUGCUGAUUAAAGAAAUGACACAAUUGUCUUCAUCUGGGUGUCCCCUUAGAGAAAGAGAGAGAAUCUGUCCAAGAGUCCUGAAUCUGACCACCUGCAGAAUCAAGGAUUUAUGGCAAUCAGUCACUGGCUUUAAGAUGUGGGUCUUGCCAUUGCUGUGUAUGCAUGUGAGGUGGAAGGCAAUGACUUAACAUGAGGUGUGCCAACAGCCUCUGGUAUUUACUAAGGGGGCUUCCUUUAAGAUAUGGCCCCCUUCAUUAUCAUACAGAUAAAAUGACUAACCUCUUGGAUCUUCAGGGAAGAGGUCACCAUAGUGUAUAAAUGUUGACUUGGAACCAUUGAAAACCGCCUGUUGGGGGAGCUCUGAAGAUGGUUUUAAGGCUGUCGUGUUGCUGCAGUGGCAGAAAGAAUUGGGGCUAUCCAGAACCACUGAAAAGCAUAUGUCGUUAGAAUUUCUGGGGUGUCGACAAAUUAGUCAAAUAUUUUUUUAUUCAUUAAAAAACAAUGAUAACCUGAGUCUGAUCUUUCAGGUUGCAACUUUGCUGUUUCGAUAUGAAUCGAGGAUCGUAAUAAAUCAUAUAGCAUAAUCUAUAAAGUAACUGGUGCUUCAAAGGCUCUGAUUACAGACUUAACAUUUAAUGUUUCCUGACCUCAUAAUUUGUGUGAAUAUAUCUGCUUCUGUUUAAUGCAGUGGUGAUAUAUUUGGAACCACAAGAAAAUGUGUCACAAGACUGUUGUAUUUGUGUAAUCAGAGGGCCAUGAAACUUCAGAGACAGUAGUGAAAUGGGCUCACCAUAACUGCUUUGAGAAUGUUGUGUAUUGGGGGGCUCAACCUCUGUGAAUAUUACACUGCAAUGAGCAAGAAAGGGUACACUAAACCACUAAAACCACUAUUCCUGUAGGUUCCUGGCUAACAUGUAUGAAACAAUGUUAAACAAGUAAUGAUACCUUCAUAACAACAGGCUCUUUCUCCACCAAAAUGUUUUGUUCAAUGGCUACAUUCUGAUGCAGAAUGUUUUUUUCUCUAAAUUCAUAAUGGAGCAACAGUUGCCUAAUAUCAAACCUUGGCUCAAUGUGCACUUUGGGAUUCUGGGAGCGCCUUUGUUUCCCAGCAGUGACGUUUACAUGCUCAAUAAUGCUUGUGACAAAAAUGGGUUUCGUUUUACAAAUCAAAAAGGUUAAAUUUACAACGAAUGUUUCAAUAGUGUGGGAGCAUUGCUGAGAUUUUUGUCAGUAUUUGAAAAUAAAAUUUUACAUUAAU